AUGUUUUACCGCCCCCCAAAAAAGAAUAGAAACGAAAAUAUAACACCUGAAAAGUUUUUGCUUUCAGAGUUAAUGACAAUAGAAAUUCAAGCGGAUUCUGUUUCGCCUCCAAGCAAAACAAUCCAAGAGGAUUCUGUUUCGUCUCAAAACAAAACUACGAAUAAAAUAAGAACGAAAAUAAGUGAACAAGCUUCAACGACCCUAAACGACAUUCCUUUAAUAAUAGGCGACAUUUUUAAUGAUGGCAACUUAUGUGACAAUUCGGACAAAGAUAUUGCCAGCAAGAUACAAUCCAAAGUUAAAGAAAAGAUACCCGCAAUUCUUCAAAAAAUCUCUAUUAAAAUAUCUAAAAAUUAUGCGAAUUACGUGCAUAAUAUACUUUCUGCAGAAAUUUCUCCAGUAAUAACCCUUAAAACACUUAAAAAACUUCAAACAGAGCAUACAGAUAUACAGCUUACUACAAACAUGAAUCCUUCAAAAGAUAUUCAAACAGAGCGUACAGAUAUACAGCUUACUACAAACAUGAAUCCUUCCAAAGAUAUUCAAACAGAUAUACAGCUUACUACAAACAUGAAUCCUUCAAAAGAAAUAAAACCUCGCAAGAUCAAACAAAUAAUAUUUGCUGAGAUACGUAUUGAAAUUGCUAUUAUGUUACUAGAGGAACUUUUCACCAUAAUGUUGGAAAAAUUUUGUAACCAAUUGCAAGAAGAUAUCUUAACCAAGAUUGUACCUAAAAUCGAACCAAAAAUUGCCAAUGAACUUUCCAAAAAAAUCAAAGAGGAAAGUUUUGAAAAUAUUCGAGAAGAAAUUGAAAAAUCUUUUUAUAAACUUCUUCAAAAAGUUUAUUAUAAUUUAGGAAUAUAUGAUAAUGAAGAUGAUUCCGAUCAACCAGGAAGUUCUGAUAGGCAAAAAACUUCUAAUGAAGGAGCAAAUUUUUCUGAAAAUAUACUAAAUGAUAAGAGCACAAUGAACUUUAGUGUUAAUAAAAUCAGAAACGUCUUGUAUAAGACAACGAAAGAUAUUAUAAACCCAACAAAAGAUAAAUUAGAGAAUAAUCAUAAUAAUCAUAAGCCCAUAGAUACCCUACUGGACGAUACAUUAAAGAAUAAUCAUAAGCCCAUAGAUACCCUACUGGAUGAUACAUUAGAGAAUAAUCAUAAGCGCAUAGAUAUCCUACUGGAUAAUACAUUAGAGAAACAUCGUAGGCGCAUAGAUAUGGAACAUCUCAUAUUUGUCAUGUGUGCAGUAAUUGACAGCGAAUCUUUAAUAUUUUUGGAUGCCAUAUCAAGAGAAUACGUUGAAAGAAUAAGUAAUCAUAUAGUUAAAAGAAUAAAUGAUCCUAAGAAAGAAGAGUAUGUUAAGAAGCAAAUUAAAACGGUUAUUUUAAUUAGAAUAUUGAUAGAAAUUAUUUGUAAGGAUAUUCCACUUAUUGUUAUUAUGGUAUGUCGAUAA